CUCAGAUCCACAGAUUAGAAUUGAGCACUGUGAUACUGUAACAAGUGACAGACUCUGAUAGCACUGCUACAGCCUGAGACACACACAUAUACACAGCAUGGAAAACAAGGAACAGCCAGAUCUCUUGGAUACGCAGCCUCUUCAGGAAACAGACGAUGAACUGACAGCAGAGAUUGAUUAUUGUGAAAUAAUGUCUGAGGAAGAGAAGGAGGAACUGAAGAAUGAAUUAGUCAAGCUGGAGGAUGAAAUCGUCACUCUACGUCAAGUGUUGGCUGCCAAGGAGAAGCACCUGGCAGAGAUCAAGCAUAAGCUGGGAGUCAGUAUGAUGAAUGAGCUGAAGCAGAAUUUCAGUCGCAGCUGGCAUGAUGUUCAGACUCACUCUGCAGAGAACAUAUCUGAAGCAUAUCAGACUGAUCCCACCCGUAAGGGCAGUCCAGAAAGGAAAUGCCAGCAAGUUCUCUCUGCACAAGAGAUACCGCAACCCAAGACGAUCUCUUCGGCCUUCUUUGGGCCUUGCCAAUAUAAGAAAACACAAGAGACCCUCAGCCAGGCAGGAAUGAAGGCAUCUGCUGCUUUAACCAAUGUGGGUAGUGCCAUAGGGAAGAAACUGGGAGAUAUGAGAUCGCAUUCAAUUAGCUAUUCUAUUCGUCACUCUAUAAGUAUGCCAGCCAUGAGGAAUUCUCCUACCUUCAAGUCCUUUGAAGAACGAGUUGAGAACACAGUUACCUCAUUAAGAGCCAAAGUUGGUGCCCCCAAUCAAACCCAAGGAAGUUUUGAAGAAGUCUUAAGUUCCACUGCUCAUGCAAGUGCUCACAGUUCAUUGGCUGGAACCUUGCUGCCUGAAGCUGAAGAGGAUCUACAGUGCUAAGCAAAAUUGAUACAAGUGAUUGACCAAGCAAGACUUUCAAAAACCCACCUAUCUGUAUGUCUUUAGAAUGCACGUUACCAUAAAGAUCUUAUCCUUUCAUGAUUAGGCUAUAUUAUUUUACCAUUAUCAAAAACACUUAUUUUCUAAAGUUAAUAAUGGUUACUUGAGGGUUAUUUUAGUUUUGUCGUUAAAAAAUGAUUGGCCAAUCAGUUAUAUUAAUGUUCACAAUAAUAUAUGUAAUAAGUUUAGCCACUAACUGGGCAGUCAUUUUACCAGUUUUCAACCCAUCUUUGCUAAAAUUGGAAUGUAUUUUGGCUUUUGCUGGUAAGUACAGAUUAAUGCUAUAAUUACAAAACUUGAUAUUAGAUUUAUCACAAGGAUUUUUUAAAUAAACUAAUUUACUAGAGGAAAAAUUAAAUAUGCACUUUACGUUUUUACCUCGGCAUACAUUAUUAAUACAUGUCCAGCUUUAAGUCUACAUCAGACACUUCUCUAUUGCAGUCUCUGAAACCAUAGAUAAAUAAUAACACAGAUAUUUGAUGGGGAAGUUACUCACGUAUUUCAAAAGGCAGCGUUUUCAGUCAAUGUUUAUAAAACUUGGCAAUAUGAUAUAGAUCAGAGGCCCUCCUGAUGUUGUGGACUAACUCUUCCCGAUACUUUGCCAGCAUUAUGGCUGUAAGAACAUCAUCUCGAAUACUGAAGGUUGCCCAACCCGAUAGAUAUUUAUCAGGAGAGGAGUAUGUUAGGAUAACUGUAGUAGGAUAACUUAGUUAAAUCAGCACUGCUACUUGUGGGGUCUUUGCAUUUUCAAAAAAUAAAAUAAAAAAAUAUUGUGUGCAAUCGCAUGGUGGUCCCCAUGAGAAGGUACAUAUACUUGCUUGAAAUGUUCACGCCUCAGUUUUACCAUCUUCUGGUUCAAGUAUCUCUGCAGCUCUUGGCAUUGUCAUCAGAUAGGAGUUAUGUGCUUUUACAAAGCUUCAGGAUAUUUAAAAGAACUUCUCGUGUGACAUAUUAUCUGACAGGAAGUGGCAAUAUGUGCCAUGUGGAAGCUGUCAGCUGUGUGAAGAUUAGCAUAUUAGUUUGCCAAAAUCCUGUUUUUGUCCAUAAAACAAAGUAGUCCAUACUGGGUCUUAUCCUUUGAUUGCUUUGUAAUUUUACUUCUAACUUAGUGAGAAACUCACAUUUAACAGGGAGGCCUAAAUUGUUUGUGAAUACUUUGUGCUUUUUUUGUACCCCACAAAUCAGGUUUGUAUUUUGUAUUUUUGUUUCUAAACGUCUGGGCAAAAACAGCCAAUGUAUAUAUCUAGUGAACAUCUGCAUGAACGUAUUUUACUGUUGGCUGAACAAAGUUUAGUUUCAAACUUGUAUUUUUCUACUGAAAAGCUUUAUAAUUCCUUUGUGCAAAUUAAUUUUUAUUGGUUGUCAGACUUACUCUAUAAUGAUUUUAGGAGAUAGAAUAGGAACCAAGUAACAUUGGCAUAAAAAAUGAUUUAAAAGAUUGGGUUUAUAAAAGGACACCUCAGCACAAAGUAGAUUUAUUUGUAAUAAGAGGAGUUAUAGGUCAUCUAAAAACCACAGCGCUGUAUGGACUUGUGUUCUCCAGGCCUGAACUGGCUUAUGGGGAUGCUCCACAAAAGUCAGAAGAAUUUGGGUAGAUGGAGCUGCUGUUGUAGAGUGUAGAGGUAUUUCCAAGAUAUUAUAGGGUACGAUGAGUCUGCCUCUAAGACACUUAACCACAAGAGUAGGUUGCCAUUGGAAUGGUGGAGUCAAAGGAAGCAGAAUCUGCAUAAACUUUCACAGAUAUCUGUGAAUAUUUCCUUGUGCUCCAUAGGUCAUACCAACAGAAAUGACAUGGGUAUAUGAUGUGACAGCUCCAUUUGUGAAAUCAAUAUUUAACAUGUGCCAUGUGAGUAGGACUGACUGCUAGCCAGUACAUAUUUCCUCCCAUGGCCCAACCUAUGGGAUUUAUAGUUAAGAAAUCUAAAGUAAGUGAUAAAGUAUAUGACUUAAGAUAGCAAAAUUAAGAAAACAUAUAUAAUAAUUUCACAUCCAGAAAACACAAGGUUUACUUAUAUCAUGUUGAGGGGGAAAAAAAUCCUAUCACUGUGAAACAGGAUUCACCAAGUGUUUGAUCGUUCACCCACUAAAAGGGCACAUAAGCUAGAUUUAGACAGUGGUGAGGCAAAUUAGGGUUACACUACCAAUGGUUGUGUUCUCACUUUAGCAUCAGUAGGGUAAAACUAGCCUGCCUGACAAUGGUCUAAACUCAGCCAAGCAACAAUUUUAUUUGGAGACCAUGACUUUAUGGCUCCUGCUGGUUUUUCAAACUCUGGAUUAGGCUUUGAUAGUAUGUUAUGUACAUCUGGUGCAGUAUUUAUAAAGCUUUGGAAACCUUUACUGCUGUAAAAUUUACCAUGCAAAAUGUGUUUGCAUAUUGUGAACUGUGCACUAAAAAUAAAAGUUCAAUGAAUGUAUCAAUCUUAAUGGUUGUAACUGUACAUAACCUGCAGAUGUGAUUAAAAAAUUAUAACAUUGUUCUGAAAGACAGUCUUAAAAAUAAAUGCAACUUCACUGUGAA